AUUACUAAAAUUUAUUUACAAAUAAAAAUGAAUGCCUUAAUGAAUUUUUAAUUUAAAGGAAAAACAAAUGAUUAGGUUAAAUUUAUGAAAUUAAGCAUAAGAAAAACAACAACAAAAUGUUGCUAAACAUUUGUACAAGUUAUCCAAAGCAGCACUACAAAACUUGAAAGUGGUGUAAGUUGCUAUUCUUUGGAGGAUGCACCCAUGUUUAUAUCACCAUAUCAUAUGGGUCAUUUAUUGGUUAGUUCAAUAAUUGCAUUGACACUUUUAUAUCAUAACAAUAGGAAACUCACAAUUAGUCUCUUUCAUGAUAGUGAUGACUACUAUGUUCUGUCACCAAAUUUGCAAGUCAUUUGCUUGUUAAUUACCUUUCUUUUCAAUUCAACAGUACUCAUUUUUCUAAGAUAGAGUAACCUAUCCAAGCAUAAAUUCCUACAUCAAAAAUACCCCAACCAAAAAAAAAAAAAAGCCUUUAAAUAAAUGGCACAAGAAAUAAAAGAAUCAAGAUACCUUUUGGGGUUUGGCUAGGUCAAACCAAAGCAAAAAUAAUAAAAUAAAAAAUAAAAUAGAAUAAAAUCUAAAGAAAAUAAAAAGAAAAAUUGGUAGGAGAAAGAAUAUUUCCAUUUGGUGCUUUCUUACUUCUCAUCUAAAGAGUUUAAGAGGAACUUACAUAUGGUUUCAAAAGAGGCUGGAACUAAAAUAAAAACAACAAAGAGAUAUGAACAAGGCAAUAUGACCAUUUCAGCUCUUCAUUCUCAUUUGACAGCAUCUUCAUUCCCUCUCAUAUAAAUUGCUAAACACAGAGUCCAGACCAACCCACCAACCAACCAAAAACAACUAAGACCUUCAGAAUCUUCAUAAACACUAAACAACUUGAACAUACAUACAGAAAGAAAAGGAUUGAAGAUAUGGGGAGGAAGAGAAAGAGUAGUGAAACUGUUGAUCAGGACAAAAACUCAAGUGAAGGAACAAUGGCUUGGGAUGAGAUGGUGAAAGAAGCUGCUGAGGCAGCUGCAUUAGGAGGUGUCAGGAGAGCUAGAAAAAGAUUUGUUGGUGUCAGACAAAGGCCAUCAGGAAGAUGGGUUGCUGAGAUUAAAGAUACUAUACAAAAAAUAAGAGUGUGGCUGGGCACUUUUGAUACUGCUGAAGAAGCUGCCAGAGCUUACGAUGAAGCAGCAUGCUUGCUUCGCGGUGCGAAUACAAGAACAAAUUUCUGGCCCUGUUCUCCGUCUUCUUCAACAACUCCUGCUCUUCCUUCAAAGAUUACUAAUCUUCUUCUUCAAAGACUCCAAGCAAGGAACAAUUCUUCAGCUUCUGUGACGACCUCUCUGCCUAAUAAUGAACAAGAAAAGCCAGAAGUUGAGGAAUAUAGAACAGAAGCAACAAAUUUCUUAGACACCCAAUUUACUGACUUCCUUAACGAUCCUGAAGAUUAUUAUGCUGCUUGUAAUGAUAAUAUAAAUGGUGCUAUUGAUUACAUGACAAGUAGUCUCGAGUCAUGUUUAACAGAGAAAGAAGAUAGCACUAGCGGAGGGAAAGAACCGGAGUUUGAUUAUAAUUGCGGUGAUUACGACAUAACACAGCCUUGUAGUGGUGAUAAUGGUAAUAACUCAGGAGGUGAAGCUGAAGAAGAUGGUGAAGAAGAAGAAGAAGAAGAAGAAGGGAUUGACACAGGGAGCCUGGAUUUCCAAUUUGUUGAUGAUCAUGUUGAAUCAUCUUGUUACUACUCUGCUUUUGAUAUUGCUGAAGAGAUUGAGGAGCCAGUUGAGGCAGAAAACUAUGGAGAUGAUCCUUCAAUGCUUAGAGAAGCAAUGAAGAGAAUGAGAUAUGAGAGGAAGUUCUCAGCUUCUCUUUAUGCCUUCAAUGGUAUCCCGGAGUGCCUAAGGCUGAAGAUUGGAUCAGGAAAUGUAAUGGCAAGAGAAAGGUCUGCCCAAUUAACAAAUCUUCGAAACGCUUGUAACAAGAAGAAAGAGGGAAGGAAAGCAGAAGUAGAAGUGACGGAGAAGAAACAGGAGGAGAAGCUGCAAAGGUCAAGCGAAAUGGGGUCUUCAGAUUCCUCUUCUUCUUUGAGCAAUGAUGGUGAAUUGUCACUUUGGAGCUCACUUGAUCUUCCACCAAUCUGCUUUGUUAACUAAUUCCAAUUGUAGGAUCUUCAUUUCAUUUGAUAAGCAUUUCAUAAUCUUUUUCACAAAAUCACAGUUCAAUCCACUUCAGGAAAAUUCUCAUCAUUAGUUGUAUGUUCUGAAAUAGAUCAACACAAACUCUUUGAUCUUCUCUCGUGUUCAUCAGUUGUAAAACAACACAUAGGACUUAUGUACCAUUUGAAGCUUUGUUGUAGCACUUCAAGUGUAAGCAAAAAUGAAGAAUAUCUUUCCUA